CCUUUCAGUCGCUCAGUGCACAUACGGAAACCAACGUGCUGAAAGCUGUGAGGCGGCCACUUCUCCACUGAUCGAUACUUUCAGCAGGUGUUGUUAAACCACAGUGACUGUUCAUAAAUCGGUCAACUUACGACAAUAACAGCAGUAUAAGGAUACAAGCGACGAGUGUAUAACAGGAUUUAUUUAAGACGCGUGUGUAUUUGAUUUCAUGACAAGAAAUUGGAGGUGACAGUUCGUGACCCAUGGAGGUACAGACAUGAGGCUUUAUUUCCGAAACUGGCGAAAGAUCGCUUUCGGAAUUUUAGGGAUUUAUUUUCUUGUGUCGUGCUACACCGGUUACCUGUUGAUAAGAAGAAGGCUUUUGAGUAAAUCUCGAUAUGACCUACAACGUAUCCGAGAACUUACUGCAUUCACCGACGACGAUACGGAUUGGAAUCCUUGGGGGGAAGAGUUUGAGAAAGAAGACGUAGGGGCUGCGAAACAACCACCGCACAUCCCAUGGGAGUCGGAAACAAACUUCAAGAGUUACAAGGAACCUGGUGCUGGACGCCCCAAUGUCUCCACCUCUUCAGACUUUGUGGUAGAAAUUUGGGGAAAGGCUGCCAUCGGCCUGUACUUAUGGGAGCAUAUCUUUGAUGGAGUACUAGAGCGAAGACUUCAAGGGAUCUGGAGUUAUGGGGAGAAAACAAUUGGAAACAUCAAGUUUAGAUAUCGGACAGGUCCAGGUGUCAUUCCGUCAAAAGCUCCUAAACACGCACAAAAUGUUGUGUUGGUGCUAAACGGCAGGGAACCAUCAAAAAUUGCAUUGGCCAAAACAUGGCUGGAUUAUCUCCCUUCCCUUCCGAAACUUCAGAAUGCGGCAGUGGUGUUAUUAGGCAACGAGCGAUGUGAUAAUGAUUGGCUCAAACCAUAUAUGGAAAAAAGCGAUGGUCUGGUCAAAUUGGUUUUCCUAACCUAUGACAGUUCCAAAAUUGACAAUAUAAAUUUCUAUCAAUGGCCGUUAGGAGUUGCUACGUAUCGCGAGUUUCCUAAAGUGAAAGGUAACAAUGUUCCAGUAAUGAACAGCAGAAAAUACAUAUGCAACUUUUUAGGGACAGUCUACAAGAACUCGACCAGAGAGACGCUACUGCAAACUCUCAGCACAAGCUCAAUAGGAAGUUCUUGUUUUAUAAAGGCCAGACACACCUGGUUACCAAAUGAGACAGAGGACAGUAGAGACACAUACCUAAGGGCCCUCGCCCAAAGUGACCUUACCCUAAAUCCUGUGGGGAUUAAUACAGAGUGCUAUAGGAUCUACGAGGCCAUGUCCUACGGUUCCAUCCCUGUCAUAGAAGACGUGAUGACCGCCGGUCAAUGUGGCGAGUCACCAGUCUCUAAUAAUGUGCCACUCCGUUUGCUCAAAGAGGAAAACGCUCCAGUUAUAUAUGUCAAAGAUUGGAACGAACUAAAAGAGAUACUGCAAAGGGAGGCAACUUUCUCUCAAGAAUAUAAAGCAAAACGAAGGAAAGAAUUGAUAUCUUGGUACGAAAAUUUUAAGCUGAAAAUGCGAGACAAAUUUGUACGUGUUAUAGAAGAAAGAUUUUUUCAUAUUUAUCGAUAACUGCUUCUUUGUUUAUAAAGUGGAUAUUGUUAGAAUGCCUUUGUCAUAGUUGCCUAAUAAUUACAAAAAUAAACGUAGAAUUGAAAAUAUUUAAUUUUUAUCAUGUAGCAGAAAAAAUCACACAAUGUUACCUAUGCUAGUGUUGUAUAGUUAAUUAUAUGUAAAAAUCCUUAUGGCACAUGAUAUUCUAAUUUAAUUUUCCUUCUUCAAAAUUAUCUUUAUAAUCUUUCUAUGUAUCUUGCAUUAAUUCUGAUGUCUUCCAUUUAUUCGGCUCAAUAUCAACUACCAUAAGUGAAUACAUGUAGCAGUUUUCUUUCCAGUUACCUCCCUUGUAGUAUAGCCAUUUUCCUGUUGAAUUUCUUUUCCUAUUUGAAAAAAGUUCUUGUUUCAUGAGCAGAUUUUUAGAGCUAAACGAUUUUUAUUUAUCCUGGUAAUAUCAUCUUUUUACUUUGUUAUCAUUCAUGAAUAUAAAUACAUUAAAUUGAAUAUACACAUUACAAACACACCAGUUCUAUAUUUUGGCUAAACUUCGGAGAGAAUUAACAUACAGGUAUGACACUACAAAUCACUAAUUAGACUUGCUCAAGUGCAGGACUCUUGACAUAGUUUUGUUUUAAUUAAGGGAAAUUUUCUCAAUGUUUCACUUAUUUUGAAAUAUCCUUAACCAGGUUUUAAUAAUGAUUAUUUCUUUUCAAGAAAUUUUAUGCAAAAUUUUAUACAAAAAGUAUCUACUUUAAACAUUUAAUUGUAUAAACAUCUAAGAAAUGCUAUAUUACUCAUAACUAUUUCUUGCAAUCAAAGUGGUUUAAGUUUUCCUCAAUAAGCUCAGCAUUAUAGUGUUUAGGAAAUAGUUUGAAAUAAACUUGUUGUACCGAUUCUUUUUUAAAAGUGAUUUGAAUAAUAGCUAUGCAUUUACUACAUUAUUUUAAUUCAGACAAAACUAUUUCAACGUUGUUUAAAUUGUAUUUAUUUGUCAGAACUAGCUUUUUCAAACCAAUGCCUACAUUUGUCAAAAUACUUUUUUUAAUUCUGCCUAUUUUUAUAUAGAAAGAAAGAGUGGUCUCCCUUACUUCAAAUUAUACAACUCAGAUUUUUGCAAAAUAGUUCCUUUGUCAGGAAUAAAGCAAUCCUAAAAAUGAACUGAAACAUUUGUUUUUUUUAAAAUGAUAUCAUAACUUCCAAAGUGUAUACAAAUGCAUUUAGAGCUUUUUUAAAUUGACAAAUUACAAUGUAUCUGAAUUGCCUAUUCUGUUCCCAAAAUUAUUAAGACAUGUAAAAACAUCCCAUCUUUAUAUGUUGUUUUUAAUGUCACUCUCGUAUACAGGCAUUUUAUUGUCGUUGAAUGUAUGAUAAUUUUUAUAAGAUUCAGUAACAGUUGUCUCAAAUAUUUUACAAAUAAAUUCGGAGUAAACGUCUCAUAUAUUCUAAUGACUGUGAGGUCUCAAAUGUCAUAAUGCAUUGUACAAUAUUGCCAAUAUUUUAUUGCAGAAAAUCAUUUAUUAUUAUUGUAUAAACAUUUUAGUGAAUGUUGUUGUUUAUUUUACAAUAACCUUGCCAAUUCAUUGGAUUAAAAUCUAUUUUGCUUGUUUUUUCCUGAAGCAAGUGGAAAUACUAAAUAUUGGCAUAUUUUGUUUCUGACACCUGGUCACAGGGCCUUGCUGUUCAAAACCUGAUCAGUUUAACUCAUUCACCCCUGAAAUUGCAUGAUGAACUAUUCUAACCUUUGAAUUGGAAGAGUUCAAAUGUGUCCUCAGGGGUGAAUAAGUUAAAGACAAAAUAAUGUAAAACUUACAUCUAGUAUGUAUUUACAGAUAUUUAAAUUCAAAACUAAAAGGACAGCUUCAGGAUUUAAACUGAUUGUCAACAAAUACAACUUUUCAGAUAUCUAUCGAAAAAUUGCAAUUUGAAAAAGUUGUAAUAAAAGCUUGUUAUAGAAUCAGGCUCUGAACAAGCGGGCUCUGAUGGCUAUCAGAAGGUUUAUUACAAUGGCUGUGUAGCAUAUAUAUAUUACAUAUCCAAGGUACGUUUUUUUUGG